AUGAAAAUCACCGAGGUUGAGGCAAUCGCGCUGGUCUGGCCCGCGCCAGAUCGCGAGUAUUGGACCGCCCUCCGGCCCAUCGGCCGGGUCAGCGAGCUCCUGGUCCGCGUCCACACCGACGCCGGCUUUUAUGGCAUUGGCGAAGCCCACGGAGCGGGACAGGGCUUCGCCGGAGUUUAUCGCCAGGAUAGCGACGGUUCCAUACAUGCCGACGGCGCUUCGCGUGCUGUGGUCGAUUUGCUCAAACCGAUGCUGGUAGGACGGGAUCCGGUUGACCACGAACGGCUCUGGGACGAAAUGUUCGGGUUGUGCCAUCAAAUCGGCUGGGCUGCGUCCGGGUUCGGACGCCCCCAGAUCCUCACCGCGUUGGCGGCGGUGGAUAUCGCCCUUUGGGAUAUAAAGGGUAAGGCGGCCGGGAUGCCAGUGUACAAGUUGCUCGGCGGCCACUCCAACACCGCGCCCUGCUACGUUACCGGCGGCUACUACCAGGAGGGCAAGUCCACCGGCGACCUCGUCCAGGAAUGCGAGACCUACGUUGACAUGGGUUAUGAGGCCAUCAAGCUGAAGAUCGGCCACGUCAGUCUUACGGAGGACUAUGAGCGCGUCCGCGCGGUUCGCAACUCCGUCGGCGAGAGCAUUGACAUAAUGGUUGACGUCAACGAAGGGUGGGACGUCGAUACCGCCAUUCGCGGCGCCCGGAUGCUGGAACCACUCAACAUCCGUUGGCUGGAGGAACCCGUCCACUGGUACGACCGUGUCGAGGGACUGGGCAAGGUUGCCGCGUCAACCACCAUCCCCAUCGCCUCAGGGGAAAACGCGGUGACCCGCUGGGACGCCCGCGACCUCAUCCGCCGGGGCGGGGUGCGCGUGAUGCAGUAUGACAGCACCCGCAACGGAGGCGUCACCGAGUGCUUGCGUAUCGCGGGGUUGUGCUCCGCCGAGAACGUGCGCUUGGCUCCCCAUCAUGAUCCUCAGGUACACGGCCACCUCGUGGCCGGACUGUCCGUCGGCGAGAUCUGCGAGACCUUUCCGUCAGCGGACCGGGACCCAAUAUGGGAAGAACUCUUCACCGCCAGGCCCGACAUCGUCGCCGGGAAGAUCACCCUUUCGGAUCGACCGGGAUGGGGUGUCGAGCUGGACGAACGGACCCUGGAACGGCGGGGUACCUGGGCGUAG